UGCAGCCUCAAUUCCUUCACAAGAAAAUAGAGUCCAUCCCAAUUUUGCCAACUACAAUCGCUCCUUUUCUGUAUCCAUAUUCAACCAAAUCAUACAUCGAAAUCUCGUUAAUUUUGUUGCACACUCUAAGAUCAAUCCAAUCAAUCGUUGGAUUACUUCUUAAUUUUUGUAAAAAAAUGGAGGAAAUUACAGAGGGAGUGAACAACAUUGCCAUCGCCGGAGAUACUCAGAAGAAGAACCGAAUCCAGGUGUCCAACACCAAAAAGCCGCUCUUCUUCUACGUCAAUCUCGCCAAGAGGUACAUGCAGCAACACAAUGAAGUGGAGCUUUCCGCUCUUGGAAUGGCUACUUUUCCCAUUUCAACAGUUUUCAGUGUUGCUGAAAUCCUGAAGAACAAUGGAUUUGUUUUACCAUUUCAUUCUUGGAUCUACACUGCAGAAAUCAGAGACGAGUCUAGAGGACGACCCAUCUCAAAAGCCAAAAUUGAGAUAGUUCUGGGAAAGACACAGAAAUUUGAUGAAUUGAUGGCAGCUGCUGCAGAGGAGAGAGCAGGAAACAGUGAAGAGCAAAGUUAG